GACUGCGAGAUAGAUAUACAGAAGACCAUACAGAUGGUGAGGUCACAAAGGUCAGGUUUAGUUCAGACCGAGGCACAGUACAAGUUUGUCUACUUCGCUGUACAACAGUAUAUAGAAACAGAGAAAAGAAGGAUAGAAGCUGAACAGCAAAGUCAAGUAGCAGGUAGGGAGUAUACAAAUAUACGAUACGCACACAGUAUAGACAAUAGAAACUCCCUAACACGUGGCUUUCCACCUCCAGUUCAUCAACCCCAGAUUGCAGAACCACCACACACAACAAAAAGAGCUGCUAAAGAUCUGCCGAAGCUUCCACAAGAUGCAGGACAAAUAUAUCAAAAUAUUGGAACAGUAAAAGAGACACCAGGUCAAAGUGGUCACAAUAACCAUGCCAGCCAUGGUGGACACCAUUCAAGUAAACACAAGAAAUGAUCCACAGAACCAAACAAAACAGAACAGAAAAUUUUGUUCAAAUGUACCCACCCAGUAAAUCUCUGAUUUUUAGGUGGCCAUAUAAUAUUGAUGUGACUCCAGUCAAUCUUUUUCUUGUACGUUGCUAGCAGUGUUCAUUUUUAUUUAGUGCUGAUACCAUUAGUUUGAACUGUGCUGGACUUCUCGUAUACAUGGUGCAAUGAUGAAUACAAACAAUUUAUACAUGCUUGCCAUGGCUGCAUAGAAUACUUUUACUUACAUUAUUUUUGUCAUCCUCUCUUCAAGGUAAAGAAGUAGUUUUCAUCAGUUUUCUAGCUAAUUGUCAUCUUAUUUUAGAAAUAAUUGUAUGAUAAUUAUGUCCAAUUUUAUGUUCUGAAUUUUUUCCUAAAAAACUGUAUUAGGAUACCAACAAAUGAUCUUGAUAAAUGGAAAUUAUUUUGUUUUUUUUUUUAAAAUUUAAACUAAAGAAUAAUUUGGGGUGUAUAUAUGUUUUGUUAGCAGAUAAGGUAUAUCUUGUGUGCAGUUGUUAAUAAUUUCUAUUAAAAAUAUUUAUAGGAGUAAAAAAUUAUGGGGAAAAAAUUGUUCUGUUAUAAUUUUAAUGGACUACAUUUUGUUUGUUUUGUUUUGUUGGAUUUUAAUUUGAUACUGAUACUGUUUAGGGUCAUGUAGGAACAUUUUGGGUUUAACCCUUACUCUGCUGUAUUUCUAAAAUGGACUUGUCCAGAUUCCAUUUUUGGAACUGUCCAAUAUCAAUUUUAGGAAUAUUAAAAAUUCUGAUGAAGGAUAAAAAUUAUUCAGCCAACAGAGUAGAGCCGUGUCAGACUGUAUAGAUGUGCAAACUAGUCUGGCUUUACACUGGUGGCAAAGACUAAUCAGUUACCAUUCCAUCAGGUUAAGGGAAGGCUCCAUGUAGUGCCCCUAGUAUUAUAUAGUUUUGUUGAUAGCAGCUAUAUGGAGAGCAAGUUAUACGUGUCUCAUUAUGUUAAUGUGACUGGUAUGAUGUCAAUGUUUCUUUUCACAAUGUUAUGUGGGUAUGAAUCUUCCUAGCUUUCUUAAAGGCCCAUUAAGCCUAAAAAUGUUAGUUUUUUUAUAUAUAUUUUAAAAGGUUAUUCUUUUUAUGUACUGUUAUGGUUUCCGAAAUUUUACUCAUUGUUCAUAUUACUGAGCCAUUUCUUUUUUGCCUCUUUUAUAGCUCGACUAUUCGAUAAGAAUAAGUAGAGCUAUUGUAGUCACCCGAGCGUCCGCGUCGGCGUAACCACUUAUGUUAAAGUUUUUGUAAUAGUUCAAAUAUUUUCAAAGUCUAUUGACAUAUGGCUUUGAAACUUUGCACACUUGUUCACCAUCAUGACCCCAACCUGUAGACAGGAGGAGGUAACUGUAUCAAGCAUUUUGACAGAAUUAUGCCCCUUUUUCGACUUAGAAUUUACGUUAAAGUUUUUGUAAUAGUUAAAAUAUUUUCAAAGUCCAUUGACAUAUGGCUUUGAAACUUUGCACACUUGUUCACCAUCAUGACCCCAACCUGUAGACAGGAGGAGGUAACUCUAUCAAGCAUUUUGACAGAAUUAUGCCCCUUUUUCGACUUAGAAUUUACGUUAAAGUUUUUGUAAUAGUUCAAAUAUUUUCAAAGUCCAUUGACAUAUGGCUUUGAAACUUUGCACACUUGUUCACCAUCAUGACCCCAACCUGUAAACAGGAGGAGGUAACUGUAUCAAGCAUUUUUUUUUACUAUCAAGCACUAAGAAUAGUCGAGCGUUGCUGUCCUACCGACAGCUCUUGUUUGUAUUGGUAAUAAGUAGUUUCAGUGAUUAUGUAUUUUGUAUAGAAGUGGAUAUACCUUUUUCUUUACAUUUUGCUAUCUUUAUCACAUAAUAAUUAUUAUUUUACAUUCAGUGCUAAUUUCUUCAGGCAACAAGCAUCUCACAUGUUAUUAAUCCAUUAUUACAGCAUUAUAAAUCAUGUGUUAGCAGCUUCUGUAGAAAGAAUCAUUAUUUUUAGGCUGAAUGUGCCUUUAAAGGAAGCUAAGUUACAUUUAUAAAACAUUUAUUUUGAUUAAAGUGACAUUAUGCCCAUCCAAGGCAUUAUGCCCAUCCAAGAGUACAAAGUGUUCAGGUAAAUUGAAAAUAAUUUUUAACGGAGGAAUUUUGUACAGAUAUAACAGGUCUUGUUACAUCUUGUUGUGGUGAGCUAGUGCUACUUAUAACUGUCACUUAUAAACUUGUUAUUUUAUUGUAAGAUACAGAUAUAUCUCACAUAGUGAACACCAGAUGUAAUACUAUCAUAAAUGGUGUAACCACUUGUGAAGUUGUUAUAAUUGGUGUUCACAUUCAAGGUAUAAUUUGAACCAAUAAGUAAAACAAACUCUGUAUUUGUAUCAUGCUGGUUUUUGUUGAUUUUUGUUUGUUCUUUUUUAAUUGAUGUAAUAUAAUUUUACUGUUAUUUAUGACAUUACAUGAAGGCAUGGUCGAAGCAGGACAUUUGUUUAUGUUGAGGCAUAAUUUGUUUACAAGUUAUUUUUUCACCCUCAAUAUCAUGAAAUAAUGCACUUUUAAGAUCAUUUUCACAAAAGAUGGAACAUAUUUUUUUUGUAAUUUCCAUAUAGUUAUAUACUGAACCCUGUAUCAAAAUAUAAUUGUAGUAGGAUGAAAUUACAUUACAUCAUUCCUCUGUGAAAGAAGUAAAAAUAUCAAGAAUAAUUUACUGUAAUAUUUCAGAAAUUUAUUAUUAAACUUGUCAAGUUAUUUGAGCUGCGUCACGACAAAACCAACAUAGUGCGUUUGCGACUAGCAUAGAUCCAGACCAGCCUGCCCAUCUGCGCAGUCUGAUCAGGAUCCAUGCUGUUCGCUAUCAGUUUCUCAAUUUGUAAUAGAGUUGGUAAGUGAACAGCAUGGAUCCUGAUCAGACUGCGCGGAUGCACAGGCUGGUUUGGAUCCAUUACUGGUCGCAAACGCACUAUGUAGGUUUUGUCAUGACGCGGCUCAAUUUACAUAAUUCAAUGAUAUUUAUCAAAUUGAAGUAUAUUUUAUAUAUUUUGACAAUCUUGUAUAAGAAGUGUUAUCUGUCAAUUUGUAGGUCCAAAAAUCUGAUCCUGAUCUCUGAAGUAUUGUGCAACUGUGCCAGUUUUCAACUUUCUAAUAAUUUCAAGAUGAUUAUUAAAAUACUUAACUUGUCUAAUUAUUUGUGUAAUGGAAUUGCCCGGCUUUGAAUUUAGAUCAGUCUAUUUUAAGUUUAUGUGAUUUCAUAAAGCAAUAUAGUUACAAAAGCCUACAAUAGUAAAUGUAUUGAGUCUGGUCACACACACUAGCAGAUAAACAUUUAUUACAUAAUCACCUCACUGUGUUUGUUUCUACUUUAUAAACUGCUGAAAAAUUUAAGAUUAAAAUCAGCUGAACUUUAUCUAGAAUGAACUUUAUCUAGAUUACAUACACAUUAACUACUGGACAAGCUAGUUCUUUUUAUAUUUAUUGUCUGUUUCUUUGAUGUUGUGCACUUGUUAGUGUAUUUUCUUGAGGAUAGAAAAUUUGUACAAGAAAACAAGAUUAUAAAAUUCUGAAGGAUUAUUCUUAAAUGAUAAUAUAGUAAAUUUCACUUGUAUUGAUAAUGAAGUUAUAUUAAUGUGUCUGCGGUGAUCGUGGCUAGCUUCUGUUGUGAAGCUCCAUCUAUGUCAAUAUUGCAUUGAUAUGUCAAGAUUAUUAACUCCUACACAUAUAUUAAAGAGAUACUCUUGCCAGGGAUUAACAGUAUUUGUAAUGUGUUGUAUGGUAUAUAAGACUUCGAAAUGAAGGCAUAAUUUUUUUUUGUUUUUUUAAAAUAUAUAUAUAUUUUCUCUUCUUAUUGUAAUCGCUAAAUAAGUUUAAGGUGAACAUAUAAUGUUAGCCAGUUUCCAGUGAACAUAUAGAAAAAAGAAAUUUUGAUUUGAGAACAAAAAAUAAUUAAGUGGUAAUAAAUUCAAUUCAUUUAGUGAUUUUCGUACACAGGUAAAUAAAGGAUAUUGCCAAAAACUGUGCAAGUAAGCAAAAAGGUAUGAUAAACCCAAUCUUAUUAUGAACCAUCUUGUUCAAGCUCAGCUUACAAACAAAUAUGACAUGCCAGUAACAGAGACUUCAAAUUGACUUUCUUCUCCGGUACUCAGAAUUUGUCAUUUGGUUGUUACAAAUUUCUGAUGUAGUAAUAUUGUUAUAUCUGUCCCCUAAAUAUCAUUGCAAGUGAAGUUUACUGUAUGUUGUAUGCCAGAUACUCAAUCCAUUUUCAAGUAUUAAUGUCAAAAGAUCUGAUUUCCAACUUCAAUUAUCUGAAUUGUGUUUCAUAGAAAGUCCUAAGUCUGAAGUCAGUCUUAAGUAUAAACGGAUACAAUUUAACAUUUCAAAGAAAAUAUCCUUAUUUAUGACCUCUAUGGUAUGGGUCUUUUAAUUUCUGAAAAGCAAUGCUGAUGGACAAAUGAAAGGGUCAUACAUUGCAAAUAAAAGGGUCUAUCAUUGUAUUUCUUAACUUUUCUCAGUUUUUUUCUUACAGUCUACAGUACUAAUAUGAGGAUAAAAAUUUAGAGGAAAAGGGUCUUAAGUUAGUCCUUAAAUUGGUUUUAUGUCUUAAGACUUGGGAUACACUUGGGACUUUCUAUGAAACACAGCUCAAUACUGUAAGUGUACAUGUUAUUUAUUAAUGAUGUAACAGUUCUCCCUUAUUUUUAAAUGGCAGGCCAUUGUAAAUUUUCUAUUGUUAUAUUGGAUAAUGCAAGUUAUAUAACAUUUUUUUCUUUAAAUUUUUGUACUGUCUAUGAAAUGAUAUGUUGUUCUGAGAUUAUAGGGGAGAUCAUGUAACAUAUUUGGAGAUAUUUUUUUUAAUGAAAUAUUCUGUUGUUAUACA